AUGGCAAAUAAUGGUGUUCCCUUCCAAGUUCCAUUGCUCACUAAAAGCAACUAUGACAAUUGGAGUCUUAGGAUGAUGGCUAUCUUAGGAGCACAUGAUGUGUGGGAGAUAGUCGAGAAAGGCUUCGUUGAACCGGAGAAUGAUGGUGGUUUAUCUCAAACACAAAAGGAUGGAUUAGAUGAAGAUACAUUUGAGAAGGUUGCUGGAGCAAAGACAUCCAAAGAAGCAUGGGAGAAGCUUCAGACAUCUUACAAGGGAGCGGAACAAGUUAAGAAGGUACGUCUUCAAACUCUAAGAGGAGAAUUUGAAGCAUUACAAAUGAAGGAAGGAGAACUCAUCUCAGAUUACUUCUCAAGAGUCUUGACGGUUACUAAUAACCUAAAAAGAAAUGGUGAGAAGUUAGAUGAUGUAAGAAUCAUGGAGACAGUUCUUAGAUUAUUGGAUUCGAAAUUCGAACACAUUGUUACCGUGAUUGAAGAGACAAAAGACUUGGAGACUAUGACAAUGGAGCAACUUCUUGGAUCACUACAAGCUUAUGAAGAAAAGAAGAAGAAGAAAGAAGAUAUUGUGGAGCAAGUUCUCAAGAUGAGAAUUGAUCACAAGGAAGAAAGUGGCCGAAGCAAUCUAAGACGUGGUGGCGGUCAUUUCCGAAGAUGA